AUGCCAAUUGCAACUGCCUUAACGGAAGCACUGGGGAUUGAAGUCCCGGUUAUUCAGGCUGGGAUGCAAUGGGUUGCUUACGCAGAACUUUCGGCCGCGGUCUCAAAUGCGGGAGGAUUGGGGAUUCUCAGCGCAUUGUCACAGCCGACACCUGAGGACCUCCGAAAAGAGAUUCGAAAAUGUCGCGGCUUGACGGAUAAACCGUUUGGCGUCAAUAUCACCCUUCUUCCCUCCAUCAACCCUCCUGAUUAUGAAGCCUAUGCUAGGGUUGUUAUUGAAGAAGGUGUUAAAAUAGUCGAAACUGCUGGUUCUAACCCUAGCAAGGUCAUCAACUUGUUGAAGUCGGCGAACACGAAGAUUAUUCACAAGUGCACAACCAUUCGACACGCUCUGUCAGCUGAAAAGCUGAAUGUCGACUUCAUUUCCAUAGACGGUUUUGAGGCGGCGGGCCACAUCGGCGAUGGUGAUAUUUCGAGCCAGAUUCUUCUUCGGCGCGCUGCCCAGUCACUAUCUGUCCCCUUUAUAGCUGCGGGCGGAUUUGCAGAUGGCCAGGGCCUUGCUUCCGCAUUAUCGUUGGGCGCGUGCGGCAUCAACAUGGGCACUCGGUUUAUGUGCACGGUGGAGAGCCCCAUCCAUCCCAAUGUCAAGCAGGCUAUCACCGAAGCCAGUGAGGGGGAUACCGAAUUGCUUUUAAGGAAAUGGAAGAACACCAAUCGACUUUUCAAAAACGAAGUCGCAAAGGAGGUGAAACGAAUCGAGACAGACCAACCAGGAUCUCAGUUCAACGACGUGCAGCACCUCGUUUCUGGACAGCGCGGAAAACAGGUGUUUCUGACUGGUGAUAUCAACGCAGGGGUGUGGACAGUUGGCCCUGUUCUGGGAGUUAUCCAGGACGUUCCUACAUGUGCAACGCUCCUUUCCCGAAUUGAACGGGAAGCGAUUGAUACUAUGGCUAGGAUCAAUGGACUUGUUCGUCCAAAAGGAAAACUAUAA